UACAAGCGGGGCGGGCGCGACUUCGCUUCCCUUCGGGGGACAGGAGGAGGGAGGCGGGAAGAGGAAGGUGGAGGCCAGGCUGUGACGGAGCCCGCCUCCCUCAGUCAGACGGCCCACGAGAAGCGGGCGGGUGCGUGUGUGUGUGUGUGCUGGGCCAUGGCCUGCCCGGAGGCGGCGCGGGGCUUCUUGGGCACCCUCCUGCGAGCCUUCCCGAGGCCGCUGGGCCCAGACGAUGCCGUGCCUUGGGGCCCGCCGGGCCGGCUUGGCGCCCUCAGCCAGGCCGAAGCGCCGGCGGAGCUGGCCGAGUUGGCCAGGACCUUCUUGGGGAGCAGGAAUGCGCCACCUCUUCUUGCAGCAUCUCUGAUUCGUGCUGCCAUCAGUGAUAUGCUACAGACCGAUCUUAGUGAGUUUAAAAAGAAUAUAGAAGGGGAGGAAGCUGGAGACCACGUACCGCCGCCCUUGCUGGAUGGAGGUCCUUUGCAGCAUUGUUUCUUUAACAAACUCUGGGAUAUUUGCUGCAAAUGGCAGAAGCAGCUACCACCACUGAAGCCUCUUGAGCGCUACCUCCAAGUUUCCAUCCAUGCAACUCGUAAUACCCGCCGGAAAAUGGAGGACAGACACGUUUCCCUCCCAGAAUUUAAUCAGCUGUUUGGCAUGACGGAUGAUGUGGACAGAGCAUACUUUGCUGUGUUUGAUGGUCAUGGUGGAAUUGAUGCAGCUGACUAUGCGGCUACUCAUUUGCAUGUAAAUGUGGCACAUCACAAAGAACUUCUGAAGAACCCAAUGGAGGCCUUGAGAGACUCUUUCCAGAAAACAGAUGAAAUGUUCCUUUCGAAAGCCAGAAGGGAGAAGCUGCGCAGUGGUAGCACAGGUGUUUCUGCCUUGAUUGUUGGAAGCAAGUUAUAUAUAGCUUGGCUUGGGGAUUCGCAGGUAAUGCUGGUCCAGCGAGGAAAAGCUGUAACCCUGAUGGAACCUCACAAACCAGAGAGAGAGGAUGAGAGACAACGCAUAGAAGCCUUAGGAGGCUGCGUAACCUACAUGGACUGCUGGCGUGUCAAUGGAACCUUGGCGGUUUCCAGAGCUGUUGGUGACCUUCUUCAAAAGCCUUAUAUCUCUGGCUGUGCAGAUAGUGCUUCAUUUGAACUGACCGGUGCUGAAGAUUACGUGCUCCUAGCCUGUGAUGGAUUCUUCGAUGCUAUCCAACCUUUUGAGGUGGUGGACCAUGUUCUCGAGCACUUAAUGCAAAACAAAGGGGAGGGACUUAAGACUGCAGAGAGGCUGGUGGCUGCAGCAAAGGAAAGUGGAUCCACUGACAACAUCACUGUCCUGGUGGUGUUUCUAAGGGAGCCCAAAGAUGUCAUGUCUGACUGCCUCAGAGACCCCCAAAGCUGCUCUGCUGACGACUGUGCAACAAAUCCUCUCUUUAACUUUUUCAGCUCUGAAAUGAACAAUUGAAAUGGCAGUCAAAAGGGGGACUAUCGAAUCUGUUUAAAGCACAACAUCCAAAUGUAAGCAAGCUUUAAAAAACACAAAACUUCUUUUACCACUGGAAAACAAAAGUUAUUGUGUGGUGGGCAGAAUGCCAGAAAAAAUUCAAAGCCUAGGGUUUUAUCCAACUAAAUUCUGCUUGGAGAAGAUUCAUGGAAAUUAAUGGACCUAAGUUAGUCAUGCCUAUUAAUUUAAAUGGGUCUACUCUGAGUGUGACUGCCACUGGAUACAACCCAUAGAUUCUUCCUUAACUCAGACCUGUGUCUAGAUUGUUUAGAUUCCAGGUUUAGGGAUCACAUAACUGAAUGUCCCUCCAUGCAAAAAAACAACAACCCAGCCCUUUUCUGAUGCAGACAAAUUAUAUCUGACAGAAGGGUUCUAACUUCUCUCUGGCUGCCUUUGAUCACUAAGCUAUGGCUUAACAGUACAGCUGUAAGGAGGCAGCAAUUUCUGUCCCAUUCUUUUUUCAUCGCAGUCAGCACUGUUUCCAUUCCAAUAUAGGCCAUCUUCUGACAAAACCUAUAUUAGUCGUCUUGCUAUCAGCAGCGUCCUAAACUAUAAUUAAUUACGUAAUUCAUGUCAAUGGAAGGGAAACAUCAACAACAAUGAAGAAAACCCACAAUUAUUUAUAUAACAUUUGCAGAUCUAAAAAAAACAACAGUCAUGAAUACAGCUCUUACUUGCUUGCAUGGUUUCCAUUCCUGACCUCGGACAAACAUGCAAAUUGUGGCAAUUUCCUGUCCCAUUUCCAUUUCUGGUUGAAUUCUCCGACAUUCCUAUUCAACAUGCGUGAGUGCAUUGCUCCUCCCUGGCUCCUGACUGUGCUGUGCAGAGAAGGAAACAAACCAGAGUCUGCCUUGUUGUGAUGUGGUUCAUGAGUGGCCAGACAAGAACCAAUGCUGACUCACUGCUCAUGGUUUGUUUGGAGGAAACAAGCCACAAGCCUGGAUUCACACAUCACAAGGUGGCUUCAGGCUUGUUUCCUCUGGUGCAUUGCAUAGUCAGGAGUGGGAAAAGAAAUAAAGGCUCAUGCACUGUAAAGAAACCAUAGUUUGUUUAUUUUUAAACUAUGAUUUAAUGUUGAGCGUGAACCAGGUCUCUGACAUGUUAGUUUUCUGUGUGGAGGGAUUUUAACAGAGGAGACUUUAAUCAUGCAAGUCCCCACCUAAAGUCUGCAAUGAACAACUCAGACACAUGUUUACUGCUUUGGUAAAAACUAGGCCGAAAGUCUAGCAAUUGUGGGUUUACUUUUUGGAAGCAGUUUUAAGCCUGCCCAUUCAUAUCCCUGUCUCUUGGGGAGAUGGUAAAGAAUAUGAAAGUUAAAGAUCAAUACUUGGAACUCUCCGGAGUAAUUCUAAACAGCAUUUAAAGAGGGCUGCAUUUAGAUAUUACUUAAUGAUAAGUGUGAAUAAGCUACCACACCAUCACCAGAUGAGUGAACUGCUGUGGACAGACUCAGUAUUAAAUGAAGUAUCUGAUAUUGGAACAUUACAGUCUUGUCUUGCAUAAGACCUGAGGCCCCUUCUCCAUUAUAUACUACAGAAAAUACUAAUAAGGAAUGCCAUUAACAUGUCAAUGCGACUUAAGAGAAAAGAAAGAUUAGAUGCUGAAAUGAAAAAUCUAUUUCCAAAAAACUAAUCUGCUAAGGUAGCAAACUAACAGCACAGAAAAUUUCUACAGGAACAUGCCAUUACUUGUAAACACCAUUAGCUUCAUGGAGGCAAUUUAAAUGUGAAGGGUUGCAGCCAGCUCACAAACAUAACUCUUGCAUGAGCCUCAUCCAUUCAGGGAGCAUGCAAGGGGACAGCAUUGAGUGGUUUCAUGGCUUUACUAUUUCAUUCUACAGGGGCUUAUUCAGUACUAUGUAUAAGAUAAUUGUGUCAUCCAGGUUGAAAAGACAUUGGCCAUGUUCAUGUGUAUUGCUAAACAGUGGCUUGUUUUAUCCAUGCCUUGUUGGAAGAAACCAGGUGAUAAGUCUCACUGACGAGCAUGGCUUGUUUGUUCUAAUGUUGAUUUUGUUUCUAACUGCUCUUGCCUCACAUCCCAUAUGGGGAGGGGUGUUGAAAUAAACCAGGAUUAAGCCAGGGUAGUGGGUUCAAGCAUAGUGAGAAACUAUGGUUAGCAGAAGCCAAGGUUUGUAACCCUACUUCAAACCAUAGUUUCAUAUUUUGGUUUGGUGGUGACAAACAAACCAUAGUAGUUGGCUGGGGUGGGUUAACAAACCACAGCUAAGCUAAACAAACCAUGUCUUGGUGUUAGGAACAAUGGACUGGUUUGAAUAUUCUAUGUUUCUCUCAUGGUGAAUAUAUAUGGAAUUAAGUAUUUUAUUAUUAUUAUAUUCUGUUGUUGGCUUCUGUUUUUGGAAAUGUUUGAAGCUUUAUUUAAAUUAGGAUUUAGAUAUGUAUAGUGAUUAUAUUUGCCACUGGUAUUUGAAACUGUCCACACUCAAGUGCCAUAUGCCAUUCUGACAAAGAUGGAAAGGGCUGCUUUUUCAUACUCUGUGGAGUGAGUGUUUUUAUAUUAUUUUUAAAGAAGUGAUCUAUUACAUUCAUUUAAACACUUGUAAAGUACAUAGGUUUUUUUGAUGUAUACAGAAAUCGGUGUGUUCAGGAACACUUCAUUCUAAUUUGGGGUGGGACAUGCUGUUUUAAAAGUGUUCAAAAAAAGGUGUGUUUUAAGCCAUAUGAAAUGAUCAGCUGUGCCUUUAUCAAGAUACUAUCAAACAAAGAACAGCUGCUUGAGACUCAAGCCACACAUGAUCCCUGCAGACCCGUUCAUUUGUUUAAAUGUGGCUCUAUUCCAAAAGGUCAACCUUUUUUUAAGAGCAAAAGGGAACAUAGAUUGAACCCCCUCCCAUAGCCCAUCUCCCAAAUUCCUUUUUCCUCACAUCCCACUCUGAUUCCAGAAAUGAGCACAGGUGGAAGAAAAGUAUCUCAGAGGCAGAGCAUCUGCCUUGCAUGCAGAAGGCCCCAGGUUCAAUCCCUGGCAUCUCUAGAUAGGGCUGGGAGAGAUUCCUGCCCAAAACCCUGGAGAGCUGCUGCGAAUCAGUGUGGACAAUACUGAGCCAGAUGGACCAAUGGUCUGACUCAGUAUAAAGUAGCUUUCUGUGUUUUGUGUUCCAUGUCCCUCAUCUGCGGAUCCCCUUUGCUCUUAAAAUACACCCCUCCACUACCACCACCACCCCACAUAUGUGACUGAGGCUGACUUAGAUUGUAAACAAACAAGGCUGCCACUGUCACGUGUACUUUGAGACUGAGUUUGGGAUCUGAAGGUUGCACUGCAUAUUGUUAAUGCCAGUGUUAUUUAACAUAGAAAACCACUUGGUGGCUGGUGGUGACCAGUAGGCCCAGGCUUGAUCUUGCCUUGUUCCAGUGUGUGCAUUGUGCCUCUUGGAUUAAAUGUGUGUUCUAUGUUUUGAAUCACUGUUUCAAAAAAUCAUAUGAAAGAGCAUGCGUUAGGGGCAGAAACUUCUCUGUGUCAUUUGUGCUUGAAUAGUAGCCAGCCAAUAGAGCAUUAGGUUUCUGAAGGGAUUUGGGAAGCUUGCCAGUUAACCAUAAACACUGCAAAUCAAUGAGGCUGAUUGAUGGCUUUUGAAAGGGUGUGUGUGUCGGGAGGAAGGAACUUGCAGUAUUUGAAAUAUCUUACCAUAAAGUCUCUUGGACAAUGCCUCUGUGAUUUUUGCACCAACCACACAGUAAGCCAUACUGGCAAAGGGUUGGCAAGGCUGUUUUCUGCAUGGGAAAGUCAGUCGCACAGCCGAUCCAGCCACCUCUCGGACAUCAGGUGUGGGGCAGGUGGAUGUGGUUUUGGGAAAACGGACUCGCAGGCCAAAUUGCGACCCUUGCCAGGCCAAAUUUGGCUCAUGGGCCAGAGGUUCCCCACCACUGACUUGGCAGGACCACACAAAUGUUUGGGCUCCUGGAGAGGAGCUUAGAGCUACUUCAUUCCUCUCUAGUCCAUUUUGCUCCCGCGCCACACUGAACUUUCUCCUCCUCACUAACCACAAGUUGCAGCCAAGAACAAACACAUACUUCCCCAAUCUCUGAGCAUGCUACCUUACAGACACAUGCACGUGCGUCUGCGCUCUCCCUGCCAUUCCAGAGGCAGAUAUUGUUAUGGGGUGAAAGUAUGGUGCAGAACCACUAUUACCUUGUUAGUUAAAACGUUUGGGUUCUUUUUGUUUAGAAUCUGUUUUUUAAGAAGUUACUUGAUAGAACUCUGCACCAAAGUGCAUUCUUUUUUUAAUUUAAAUCCUCAACUUCAAAAAAUGGUCAGGCACAAGAUAGGAUUGACUUCCUUUAAAAGUGGCAAACAGUGUUUCCACUGAAAUUGAAUGACAAAACUUCUGUGUAUCUGAAAGAUUCCCAGCCACUUACAGAUUCCCUCCUCCUGUUUAUUUCUGUGGAGGAAAUAUUAUC